CACUCUUAAAUCGCUAAGAUAAUCGUCAAUAAGAUUGCGGCAUUCAUAAUAUUUUCUACCUUCCAGUUUAUUCCGCCGACUACACGACAAAACAGCAAGUAGUCAAACGUACGAGGAUAUUAAUCGAUGUACAUGUUGAAAAUCGUUAAUUGAGAAAAGGAAAUCAAUACUGGCAAAAAACGGAGCUUUUUUACCAACUGCUGAAAAAACUGAAUCGAGACGCGAAAGUAAACAUAGAUGUCAAUAUUGGAGACAAUUUCUUUUUAUUUUCGUUAUCGGAAAGAUCUAAAACAAUACUGAAUGGAAAACGGCGAGGAUACAUUACAGAGCUAUGUGAUUCUAUCAAACCGGGAUGGAAAACAAGAACCAUGGCAAUGUAAUCAAAUCAACAAACGAGUCCUCGGUCAAUACAUCGUAUAUUUAUGCGGAAAUGAAGGAACAAAGGAUGACAGUAAUAAUGCGGGACUUCGAAGACUGCUUCAAAAGGCUAUAUCAGUUACUGCAGACGAGCAGACGAGUACAUUACAAAAUGCUGAAUUCAAGUUUUAUGACGACGCAUGCCAAAGAUACAUAAUUCGGUCAGGGGACGGAGAAAACAAAUUCACAUUUACUUUUAACGAGAAACUAGAACCAGAUUUCACAGUACAAAGAAAGUCAAUGUUGUUGAAAUAUUGGGACUUGUUAAAUAGCACCUGGCCAGUUUCAGCAGGCUAUGAAAUUUGCGGUUAUAUGUUUAAUCCCGGAUAAGAUCCGAAACUUCAAUGUCAGACACUGACAAAACUAUUUCUGAUUUAUUAAACACACGUUUUUUCCUGGCAUUCAAUAAAAUAUAUAUUUCUUCUUUCUUGCUUAUCAUAAGAAGUGUAAUCUUACUUCAUUCUGAGUUGUUUGCAUAAAACUGUUUGUAAAAUUAUUAAAACCAUUUUAAAACUGAUACAUUUGAUGAACCUUAAAUACUAAUAAUGAUUAUUUUCUUUGACAAGUUUGUAUAUCAUUAAUCAAUAUUUCAUUCACUUUAAGUCUUAUAGGCUCUUGAAAUGUAAAUUGUGAGAAGUCCUAAUACAUAUACCUCUUUUUUUGACGUCGUCACAGACUGGAAACUAGCUAGACCAACAUUAAACAAGCCGGAAACUCUCCUGCUUUAAAUAUAGGCAAAAUAUUCAGAACGUUUUUGAUCUCUAUUUCAGUUUUAUAGGAUAAAAUCAGAAUGAUAUCAGAUGGAUUGUCUACUGUAUACUUAUGGUGUAACGUACCCUUUGCUUUCUGAUAAUGGUUUGGAAAUAAAAAACUGCAAAACAUG